AUGAUAACAACAACAACAUUAGAGCAUUUCUCUGCCGAGUUGGUUCAGGAAAUAUUUAUUUAUUUCCAGUUUCAUGAAAUAUUCAAUACUUUUUCUAAUCUCAAUUCACGCUUUGCUGCUAUCGUUAGUGACAUGUUAGCACUUAUUCCUGUUUAUUUGGAUCUGAAUGGAAUGAGUAUAACAGUGACUGAAUUCUACUAUACACAUUUAACACAAUCAAGCAUAUGUAGUCGUCUUAUGUCAUUAUGUGUCUCAGAUACAUUGGCUAUUGAUAAUGGUUUGUGGUUAGCAACACAUUUAUUUAUCUCCGUCAUUCAUCACUAA